AUGGUCCCACAGAGAGUAAUAAAGGAUCCCCUCAUGUCCUACAGUGUAAAUCAAAGGAUCCUCUCAUGUUCCAGCAGUGAGAAGUACCAAAGAUCUCCCAUGUCCCACAUGCCAGGAACAGUGCCAGGAACGGUGCCAGGAACAGAGCCAGAACAGUCAGGAACAGAGCCAGAACAGAGCCAGGAACAGUGCCAGGAACGCAGUGCCAGAACGGUGCCAGGAACAGAGCCAGAACAGAGCCAGAACAGUGCCAGAACAGCAGGAACGGUGCCAGGAACGGAGCCAGGAACAGUGCCAGGAACAGUGCCAGGAACAGUGCCAGGAACAGUGCCAGGAACAGUGCCACGGGAAAUUCACAUGGGUGCCAACGUCCUCUGUGUUACUAGUGCCAAUUUACCAGUGCCACCGGACCCCACACAGAUCCCAGGACCUGUCAGGAUCCCACAGGACCUGCCAGGACCCCACAGGACCCCACAGGACCCCACAGGACCCAGGAUCCCACACAGAUCCCCAGGACCCCCAGGACCCCACAGGACCCCACAGGACCUGCCAGGACCCCACAGGACAGGAUGA